CAGGAACAGCCCCGCCCCCAGCCUCUCCGUGCAGUUCUCCUCCAGGUCCGCCCAUGCUCCAUAUAAAGGAGGGCUCUGGGCUGAGCAGUCACUGCUUUCUGCUCACACCUAGAAGAUGUCUGGUCGCGGUAAAGGAGGGAAAGGGCUCGGGAAAGGCGGCGCCAAGCGGCACAGGAAGGUGCUCCGCGAUAACAUCCAGGGCAUCACCAAGCCUGCCAUCCGCCGUCUAGCUCGCAGGGGAGGCGUCAAGCGCAUCUCCGGCCUCAUCUAUGAGGAGACCCGCGGGGUGCUGAAAGUCUUCCUGGAGAACGUCAUCCGGGACGCCGUCACCUACACCGAGCACGCCAAGAGGAAGACCGUCACCGCCAUGGACGUGGUCUACGCGCUCAAGCGCCAGGGCCGCACUCUACGGCUUCGGGGGUUAAUGCUGCCUCCGUCCUCACAACACAAAGGCUCUUCUCAGAGCCGCCCACAUCUUCCCGGGGAGAAGCUACAAUUCCGUCUGCGCUCAGCCACUGAGGGGUUAACACCGCCCGCACAUCAGGGGGCGGAGAGCCGGACAAUUGUCCGAGAUCAGCGGCGCCCUGUGCUCAGUACAGCCGGAGGUCUACAAUACAGAAAGCCCCAGUAA